GGGCCAAAGAAAGACGACGACGCGUAGCUUAUCGUUCAUGCUUCUUACUAGUCUUAGAAGAAAAAGAAGGCGAUCCCGAUAUUCGGGUUGAGAGCUUAGAAUUUAGCUCAGUAAAACAACGACAGGGCCCAUUUUCAUUCACUACAAGUCUGUCGUUUUUUGACUUUUUCUUCUUCAACGGUCUGCCGUCUCUCUCCGAUCCUCUCCUUCUCUGAAUUCGUCGUCGACAAAAAGCCAUCAAGGUUGGUUCUUUUCUUUACUUAUCUCUGAUUCUUGCUUUGGGGCCGAAACUUGAAGAAUUAGGGUUUUCGAUUUUCAUGGAAGCAUCGCCCGGAAAUACUAGUCCAACCAGUGGAGGCAACACUGGGAAUAAUAGCAACAGCACGACGUCGUUUGGGUCUAUGCAAUUCCCUGCCCUCCGUUUCUUCCAGUCUCCGCUCUCCUUCGUAUUAGAUUACUCCGGUAUACUUUCUCCGAGCUCUUCCCGCCACGAAGCUGACGCUCCGGUGGUCAACGCCGUAGUCGUCGCCGAUUCUCGCCCCCAUUCCCCUUCGGCCUGCACCUCCGGCUCUAGCACCACCGGAGAGGUUUCAAUUCGCAUUAUCGGCGCCGGUGAACAGGAAGACCGCGGUAACGGUGCCGCAACUGUGCCGUUUCAAGGGGACGGAAAUGGUGGAUCGCUAGGGCAUAGCGGUAGGGUUCAAUCGUUGGAUAAUCUGGCUGGUACAGUCAAUGGGGUUGGGUCAGGCGAGAGAGUCCCCUUGGUGCCUCCGUCUUCUCCAGAACAUAGGCGUGACGUUGGGGACACUGGGGAUGGUGUGGAUAAUAAUUCUAGGGAUUCUGCUUACCAGAGAUAUGAUAUUCAACAGAUAGCCAGAUGGAUUGAGCAGGUUCUUCCGUUUUCGCUGCUCUUACUCGUUGUGUUCAUUCGUCAGCAUUUGCAAGGUUUCUUUGUCACUAUAUGGGUAUCAGCUGUCAUGUAUAGGUCAAAUGAUGUUGUUCGGAAGCAGACAGCUCUAAAGGGAGAUAGGAAAAUACCAGUUCUUCUAAGUAUUGCUGCUGCUUUUAUGCUUCAUGUAGUUGGUGUUUACUGGUGGUAUCGAAGUGAUGAUCUUUUAUACCCAUUGGCAAUGCUUCCUCCUAAAGCCAUACCACCUUUCUGGCAUGCGAUAUUCAUCAUUUUGGUCAAUGAUACCAUGGUGAGGCAGGCAACGAUGGCUCUCAAGUGUUUGUUGCUUAUAUACUACAAGAAUGGCAGAGGCCAUAAUUAUCGUCGGCAGGGUCAAAUAUUAACUGUGGUUGAGUAUACACUGCUGCUGUACCGUGCCUUGUUACCAGCACCUGUUUGGUACAGAUUCUUCCUGAACAAAGAUAAUGGGAGCCUCUUCUCAUCACUUACUACAGGAUUGUAUUUAACUUUUAAGCUAACAUCUGUCGUUGAGAAGGUCCAAUCCUUUUUUGCUUCAAUAAGGGCAUUAUCGCGGAAGGAUAUCCAUUAUGGGGCGUAUGCAACGUUGGAACAGGUAAAUGCAGCGGGGGACCUUUGUGCCAUUUGUCAGGAGAAGAUGCAUGCUCCGAUUCUGCUGCGCUGUAAACACAUUUUCUGUGAGGAUUGUGUCUCAGAAUGGUUUGAGAGAGAAAGAACUUGCCCUUUAUGCAGGGCACUGGUAAAACCUGCGGAUCUGCGAACAUUUGGGGACGGGUCAACAAGUUUAUUUUUCCAGUUUUUCUAAAAUUCCGAAUUCACCGAUUGGAGAGCGUAGAUAAUAUGAGCAAGCAGAGCAGCAUUCUUGAAACCGUCCCGUUUUGUGUUUUGUUAAUAGGCAAAUGAAUGUAUUCUGAUAGAGCAUUGUAUCAUGAUUAGGUUGCCUCCAGGUAAUGUGUUGCAAUCCUGAGGUCAUCCAUGAGCUCUCAAUGGAUGACAUAAUAGAUGACAUGAUUACUAAACUCCAUAUCUCCUCCUGCUUGAUAUGUAAUCUCCUUUGUAUAGAUGCAAUGCGACCCACUUCUCUC